AUGAAGGGAUUCAGCAGCUUUAAUGCUCUCUCGGCGCUGUAUUUCAGCAGUCUUGCGCUCGGAGCGGUGACCAAUUCGACUUCCUCUGGUAACUCCGUCUCUCUCGACCUGACCCUCCUCUUCAACAACAAAGCAUUCGGUACUCAACCUGGAGAGGCCUCAUUCGAUGCCCUCAACCAAUCCUUUCCCGAGCCGACCGUGGGCCCGGACUUUGUCUCAACCGACACGGGCAUCCAGUACAGCUUCCCGGGCUAUACCGGCCCCACGGACCCCGACAACCUCAUCUGCACCGGUCAAAAGAUCUCGGUCCCGCAGAACGGCUCCUACUUCUCCGCCUCAUUCCUCGUCGCGGGAGACGUUGAAGGCGCCACAGUCAGCGGGAACGUGUCUUUCAACUACGCCGAUAAUACCACAUCUGAGUACGAGCUUCGCACGCUCAACUGGUUUAGCUUCCUGACCAUCAACCGCGGAGAGAUCAUCUUCCCUAGUCGGUACACGGCCAACGGUUCCGAUUUCAACACCUCGCACAUCUUUGAACGGACCACUGCGCUGCCGCCUGGAAAAAAGCUUACCUCAAUCAUUCUGCCGGACAAGAAUAACGCGACCGAAGGUCGCCUCCACGUCUUCGCUAUUACCCUGUGGCAGCAAGCCCCGGAUGUGGCGGUUCAGUCGGUGAGACCGACGCAGAAGUGGAUCGGUAACGGAACGCAGGUUGUGGAAGUCACUGUCAACAAUGCCGGGUCAAAGUGCGUCUCUGGCGACGGCCUCAAGAUUACGCUUACUGGAGAUGGCUUCAUCACUACGAGCCCUGGGCACUUGAAGCGAUUGUGCCCGGGAGACCAAAAAGUUGUUGUCGUCGGAACCAAUGGCGCAUCGGCCGGUCCCGUGAACAUUGCUGUCCACGUCGACGACGGCAGUGUUCGAAAGCAGACCCCUUUUGCCGCCGUUGAGAUUGGCUUGAACGAAUGGACUGCCGACGGCGAGAGUCUGUCCAAGCAUGAAAGCCCAGAAUGGUUCGAUGAUGCUAAGUAUGGCAUCUUCAUCCACUGGGGCCCGUAUUCCGUCACAGGUUGGGGCAAUUCGACACCGUACGAGAGCUACGCCGAGUGGUUCUGGUGGUACUCUACCCACCACCCCGAAGGCGAUCGUUCCAACUUCUACCAAUACCGCCUUGACACCUACGGUCCCGACUGGGCUUACGAUGAUACCUUCCCCGAGUUCAACGCGUCCAAGUUCGAUGCUAAGGAAUGGGUUGACCUCUUCGCCGACGCCGGCGCCAAGUACUUUGUCCUCACGACAAAGCACCACGACGGCUUCGCCCUCUUCGAUGCCGGAGCGACUUCCAACCGCUCAUCAAUCCACUACGGUCCCAAACGUGAUCUGCUGAAGGAGCUCUUCGACGCUGCGAAGACCUACCAGCCCGAAUUGAAGCGGGGUACCUACUUCUCGCUCCCCGAGUGGUUCAACCCAGACUUUGGCCCCUAUGGCUUCGUCCAGUUCCCCACGCCAUCAGCUGUCUCCUGGCCCGGUGUGCUAGCCUCCAACCCGUACACUGGGGAGCUUGAGCCCUACACCGGCCGCGUUCCCGUCAAUGACUUCAUCACCGACCUUAUGGUGCCUCAAAUGGAGACCCUUGCCUACGACUACGGCACGGACAUCAUGUGGUGCGACUGCGGCGCCGCCAACGGCACGCAAGACUUCGCGGCGACGUGGUGGAAUAAGGCCCGCGCCGAGGGCCGUCAGGUCGCCAUCAACUCCCGCUGCGGCAUUCCGGAGGCGGCUGACUUUGACACGCCUGAGUACCAGACCUUUGCGUCCGCGCAACGACGCAAGUGGGAGAGCAACCGCGGCAUGGACCCGUACAGCUACGGAUACAACCGCGCGACGAAGCCCGAGGAGUACAUGAAUGCCACUACGAUCGUGUACUCUCUCGUCGACAUGGUGUCCAAGAACGGCAACUUCUUGUUGGACAUUGGUCCCAAGGCAGAUGGUACUAUCGUUCAGGCUGAGAUGGAUAACCUGCGUGAGGCGGGCAAGUGGAUCAAGGCCCAUGAGGAGGCCAUCUUCAACACCACGUACUGGUUUGUGCAGAGCGAGAUCGUUGGUGGCCCGGAUGUUAGGUUUACCCAGACGGAAGAGGCUUUCUACACAGUCUUUUUGGAGGAGCCGACCGUGGUUGACGGCUGGGUCUCUAUCCGGGCACCUAUCCCCGCCGUUGAAGGAGAUAUCAUCAGUCUACUCAGCGUCGAAGGUGCUGAAGACCUCGAGUGGAAGAUCAGCGGAUCAGGAGUCAGCACUGAGUUGAAGAUCAAGGUGGAGGAGGCUCUUAUUGAGGCCGAACAGUUCGGUUGGGUUUUCAAGGUUCUUUACGCAGCAUGA